AUGUCAUACUAUCAAGAUCUGAAGCCAGAAGGAAUCGACAACGGAUUAGCUACCCUUUGUCUGACGUGUAAACUUUGGAACGACCUCGCGGUAUCCACUCCCGAACUUUGGAGUUUCAUUGAAAUCAUCCGCGGCUCGAUUUGCACUUCACAGAAAUCACUCCCCUCGUAUUCGAAAGUCUCCACCUGGCUUGACCGAUCCCGAAGUUGGCCACUUUCUUUCGCAGUAAUAGGGGAGUGGUUCAGUCCUGAGGAGUCUACAUCCGUAAAAGCUAUUCUACCACUUCUGCUAGCUCACUCGCACCGGUGGCGUCGUAUUUCUCUCGGGUUUGGUUAUUGGUUCGAACCAAUGCAUGUCUGGAACCUCCCUCAUACCUUCAUCGCUCCUAUCUUGGAAAGUGUUGAAGUGAUUUGCGAUACCUAUGAACGGGAUCACAUUUUCUAUGGAAGGCUACUGCGUGGAUGCCCCGCCUUGUGCAGCUUUACUAGUAAUCAGCGAGAAUAUUAUAUGGCCGACUUGCCGCCCGGUUAUUUUCCUUGGGAGCAGUUGAGAAAUCUUGAAGUCGUCAACCCCACAGAUGCGGCCAACGCUCUGACGUUGCUGGGAAGGGCUGUCAAUCUCCACAGUUACUGUCUAACGAUAGCACUGGACUCGCCCUGGAUCAAAGGGCCAUCACUUAAAUCUGUCACGUCUCCGAUUAAAUUCUUGACGAUGAAGAUCUAUCCGGAUCCGGGGUAUCGAGAAAAUGUGGAACUAUUUUUUCGUUUUUUAGAUGCAUGCAACCUCACGAGUCUUUCCAUUGGCUACGUGCAGAUUACUCAUGACAAUCUAUCCGACAUCCUGUCCAAGCCUCGUCUUCGACUCUCUUCUUUGACGCUUAGAAACAUUGAGAUUUUAGAAGACGAAUUCCUCGAUCGUCUUACACUUCUCUCUGAAUCAAUCACCACCCUUGAAAUCUUAAGGAAUGCAACAAGACCAACUUACUACGGGGCAGUCAAGAAUAGAAUAAUCAACCUCCUCACGUUCCAUGGAGAAGGAAGCCCGAAGCCCCUCUGCCCGUUCUUGGAAACACUGACUCUAGAGCGAUGCAUUGAAGCCGAUGACGGUCUCUUUGCACGUAUGGUACGAUCUAGACGCCGCUCUCCGCGUACCCUUCGUGAUAAUGGCAUUGCCCUUUUAAAACGACUGGAUGUAGUGUUUGUUCACUCGAUGCAUAGCUUGGACGAGGAAGGGCUGAAAGAAAUGUACGGAGAAGGAUUACAAGGUCAUGUGAAGUUCUUCAUUUGA